AUGAUGGAAGAUUACUUUGUGGAGCAUCCAUUUUUCAGUGAAGAGGAAUUCCGGACACGGUACAGGAUGAACCACAAUGUUUUCAACCGCAUCUCUAGUGACGUUUGUCUCUAUGACUGGUACUUUGUCCAGAAAUCAGAUGGUUGGGCUAGAGAAUACCACGGUCGAAAACGUGUGCCCACUAUCAUCCUCGAAGCAGUCCUAUCUUAUGACACAUGGAUAUGGCAUGCCUUCUUUGGAAUACCUGGAUCAUGCAACGACCUCAACGUGCUUGCUAAGUCCCCGUUGUUUGAGAAGCUCACUGCUGGUCGAGCCCCUCAGAUCCAAUUUCAAGUGAAUUACAGAAUUCACAAUUUAGGCUACUAUCUCGCUGAUGGUAUCUAUCCGCAAUGGUUGCGCUUUAGUAUUGUGCAAGGAGCAGCUCGUGGCUGGGAUAGAGAAGACCUUCGAUACAUCAUGUUGACUUGUAUUAUAUUACACAACAUGAUAAUCGAGGAUGAAAGACCAGAUGACAGCAAUGAGGAUUUGGAGUCCGAUGAAGAAGAGGAUAACAAUAUGAGGCCCAGGUUGGCCCAGGUUUGGGUAGGACCGACCGGUGAUGACUUUGAUCCUGUUGGUAGAGAUGGUUAUUAUUUCAACGGAUUCAUCGAUCGAUACGGUGCCAUUAGAAGUGCAAACAGUCACUCAAACCUUCAAGAAGAUCUGAUAGAGCAUUUUUGGAACAUAAAAGGCAACAUGGAGAUCAUAUGUGCUUUAGGUAAGGUGGUUGCGGAUAGUAUCCACGGAGGUAAGAAGGUUGUGGGAAUCCAUCAGGGCAAGGUGAUUGUGGGUAUGCACCAGGGAAUGCCUCUUUUCACAUAUCCAUUUGCAAUCGGAUACAUUCUCAUUGAUUUUCCUCUUGGAGACUUCGAGUGA